AUGACCACUUCUUCCCCUCCUCAACCGCCGGUCAAGCACCUGAUCGUCGAUUCCUCGCCUCUGCUCACCUCGCCUUUGUCCACGCUCCGUGGUAUGGCGACCCACUACCUCCUCACACCGGAUGUCGUCUCCGAAUUGAGGGAUCGCAAAGGACGCGAAGUGCUCCAGGAGGCGCAGUUGCAAUUGUUGCCUCCUGAGGGGAGUGGCGAGGACGUCAAGCCUGGGUUCACAGUCCGAGAACCCUCCUUCGAGGCCGUCGCGCGUAGUGAGUUUCACAAAGUCGGUACAUUCUCCGGCUUUUGAGUUGACAUAUUUUCGUUCAAUUUUCAGUCACAGAAUUUGCGAGAAAGACGGGUGAUAUCGCCGUGCUUUCCAAAGCCGAUAUCCAAGUCUUGGCUCUCUGUUUGACGCUCGAAUUGCAAGAGAAUGGUGGAUGGAGGGUAAGGGACCAUCCGGGACAGAUAUUGACCGGGCCUCCCAAGACCAACGAGGAGCAUGAGGAUAAGCCUUUGGAGGAGGUUGAGGCAGGUGUUGAGAAGCUGGAGGUAAAGAAUGUCAUGGAGGAGCCCGUGGCUUCGACUUCGGAACUGUCUACGGCCAAGGAGGAGGCCCAAGUCGGCACGUUGGAGAAGGGCGAACCGGCGGGACAGGAGCCCAGUGUACAGCAAGAGACAGACGGGGAGAUUGAUCCCCAAGAGCAGGACGACGAUGAGAACGACGACGAAGACGAUGGCGAUUCCGAAGGCGAAGAAUCGGACUCGUCCGGUGGAUCGUGGAUCACCCCCGAGAAUGUCACCUCGCACAAAGUGAAAGAUCUCGGCCUCUUCACACCACCCGAAGACACCCUCGCCAAAGCACCCAAAGCGAUCAUGAAGGCCGCCGUUUUGACCGGUGACUUUGCGAUGCAGAACGUGGGGUUGCAGAUGGGCUUGAACGUCUUGGGUUCGGGAGGAAAGAGGGUCAGGGAGGUCAGGACCUGGAUCUUGAGGUGUCAUGCUUGCUUCAAGUGAGUCGCCUACGAUCUGUGAUGUUAGUGAAGGAAAGAGAACGAUUGCUCAUUGUCUCCCGCUACUUUCCUCACGGAAGACUCUGCAAGAACCCGGAGAAACGAUUCUGCCCUUCUUGCGGCGGCCCCACCUUGAUUCGCACGUCCAUCACCUACGUGCCCGCCUCCCCCGAGCACCCGAACGGCUACAUUCUCCACCUCAAGAAGAACUUCCAGUACCGCCUCCGAGGCACACAGUACUCGCUGCCCAACCCCAAGAUGGGUCGAGCAGGUGGUGGCGUCAAUGCCGAACCGGUGCUGAGGGAAGAUCAGAAGGAAUGGUCGAGAGGAAUCAAGACGGCCGAAGUGAUGAGGCAUAAGGAGACGAGGGCCUUGUUGAGGAGUGUCAUGGACGAGAAGAGGAGGGGUGGGGACGCGAACGAGGGUGGGCUGAAGGGAUUCAACGAUCCGGAUUGGCAGGUCAGUCUACUUGCUUUAUCUCGCUGCCGGUCGUACGUCAAGCGGGCAGGGUCUGAUUUCUACUUCAUUCAUUCUCUCACGCAGCCCGCGAUGUUGCAAGGCGAGAAGGGGCGACGAAGGGGCGGCAAGAACGGAGCUGGGGGAGAAGUUCGACUCGAUUCGUCCGGUUUGCCCGUCAUCGGUGCGGGGAGACGAAACCCGAACGCUUCGAAGGGGAAGCGCAAGUAG